AUGAGCUCUAGAAAAGGUUCAGUAAGCUCUCAGGACUCGACUGCUUCUGAUGCUUCUACAGUCAUUUCCGUCGAUGAUGCCUUCGUUCCGCCAAAAGACCCAGCUGGGUACAAAUCUUCUUGGACCCGCUUUGGCCAGCUGAAAUGCGUUUUUGAAUUGAACUUGCCAAACAGAUUUACAGAAGUUGACUUCGAAGACGACUUACUCGAGCAAGCGCUCUCGAAUCAUGACGAGUCCCUGUCUCCGGUUCUGUCCUUUCUCAAGCCGGAUACAGACUAUUCUGUUCUUAUUCCGUUUGAACUUCUCUAUAGGUCUAAUACAAGGCAUAUUCGCGCUCGAGGGUCAAGAGAUGGCAUUCACUGGAUUGAUCUUCCAGCUGAUGGAAGAUUUGUUGAUGGUUUUGAAGAAAACUUCGCGAAAAUUUCAACCAGAAGAUGCAAAUAUGUCACUCUCGUUUAUGGUAUCCUGCGAGAUAGGCUUGAAGUCAGUACUCAUGGAGGCAUGGUGAAAUCGAAGGCUGAUUCAAGGAUUUAUUUUCAGUUCCCAUCGAAAAUUUCCCGCCACCGGCUGACAAUUGGCAUGAGAGUGAUUCCCAUUUCCGCGGAUCUGAUCCACCGAACCAAAUACGAAGGAAAUCUAUGCCGGAUGCUUGUUGGCACAAGUUCUAUUAUUUGCCCGGAAAUACCGAAAUACAACUUUCCUCUGCGAAAAAGCUACGUUCUCAAUUGCAACUGCCCGUUCUCCGAUCAACUGGCAAAAUAUCAAUCUGGAGGAGCAGGCUUUCACUCUCAAGCUAUCAGAAGACAAAGUAUCGCUCCGACGAGUCAGAAUCAGCUGGAUCCGCGGCUGGAUGAGCCGGUUAGAUUGUUGAUUCAGGAAAUGGAUGGAAGCUGGUCGGUCAAUCAUGAUGUCAAGUUGAGAGAGAGCAAAAGACAGAGAGGACUCGUUUCGCUAGAGCUUCAGAAUCCAAUCAGAUCUCUUUUGCUCAUCAGAACUGAUGGUCGGCAUCCCGAUAGUGCAAUUCUCAACAUCCUCGAAGAACUCCUCUCUUUCCAGCGCCAGAAUCCGAUCAAAAUGACAAUUUGCCGCCGAAAAGAAAACCCAGAAGAACAAUCAAUCUUCGUCUUUCACGAAAAUGAAGAAGACAUUUUCAUCAAAGACUUUACUGUCGGAGAAGAAGCAUAUGAAAAUAAUUUUGAUGAAUCGACCCCGAAUUAUAUGGUCAGAGAGGGGCAGAUAAUUUGGUUCAAUGUGAAGGGAAAUAUUCAAAUCAAACGACCGAAGGAAGCGGGAGAGUGGAUCUGUGUUCGAUACAAGAGACAUUUGAUUUCACAGGCUCAGAUGAUGCUUUCCUACACAAAUCAAUAUGGGAACCACACUUCAUCCUCUUACCGCGGGACAUUUACCGCGAUGGUCUCAUCGAAGAAAUCCGGCCUGGAGAAACUUGCUUCUGGAACUGAUUGUGUAUCGACCCCGACGCUCAUUGAUAAAACCUUCGUCAUCUCUAGAAAAAUCGACGAAUCAAGAUGCCUGCUAGAAAAACUCGAUCAUGUUCUAGUGGAAAUUCCAGUAACGCUGCCGAAGGUUCCGAUUCCGAAGAUAACUCUUCGUAGACCAAAACUCAUUCGGCGCCUAAGCGUCGUCGAAGCUGAAGAAAGAAAACCGUCAGAUCCGGCGACAAAUCUUGCAAAACAUCUGAGCGAAUAUGAGACCAAAAGAUUUGGCGAAACCCUUGGGCUUCAGAGAGGUGGACUGGGAAUCCUGAGCAAGCUGGAGAAGCCCGAAAGAAUCCGAUCAAUGAUCUGUUCCUGGAGACGCGCCGAACCAAUUAUGACAGACACCCGAUCGCAUCUGGCAUCCCGACUAGAAGAAAUUCACCGACCAGAUUUGAAGCGCUUCGUCAUCAAGCCAGUUUUACCUCCAGUCGCUCCGAGUUGA